AUGAUGCUUAAUGGAAGGGUUGCUGUUGGUCAUCCUUCCUGUGACGAGACCGCCUGUCCAGUCCACGAUACAACAGAACGAAAAGGGAGACGAGGGACAGACCGAGAUCGGGCAAAAGGUUUGUACAGUUUGACGGUGAAGGCCAGCAGCAAGCACCAUCUUUCAGCAUCACCGUCACCGUCACCUUCACCGUCACCAUCAUCACCACACAUCACCCAGCCAGGUAGACGCAUUGAAGAGACGGAAGUUGGAUACAACCACACCAUCACAACCCAAAGCAAAGCACAUGUACAGAGUACACCAUAG